AUGAUUCCUCUGUUACUUGCUAACGGCGCUGCGCUUGAAGCGCAAACCCCAGAAUCACUGAGUCGUACACCACUCCACCAAGCUGUUUGUAGUCUAUCUGACUCCUCUGAUACCGUUGAACAAUUGUUACUGGCCGGUGCAGACAAAGAAGCUAGAAGUCAAUAUUCCUGGCAAACGCCUUUACAAUUGGCUGUCAAGAGCAAUAACAAGGCUUGCGUCACUCAUCUUCUGAAAUCUGGUGUUAACAUCGAUGCUUCGGAUACAGAUGGGUAUACAUCUCUUCACGAUGCCGCGCGGCGAGGCCAGCUUGAGAUUGUAGAGGCGCUUCUUGAUCACGGCGCCAAUCCUACAAUUAAGACAAGCAGGUUACUGGGUCCAAAACCUUCGGGUGUCGCUACGGAUAGUGACGUACCGACAGCUCGAAAGGAAAAGAUCAGGACGCUGCUCAAGGAAGCUGAGAAGGCCUGGAAACGGUCUGGUGGAAAAUAG